GAACUUGCGAGGACUCUUCUCUGAGAGCCCGGUCUGAGGAUCUCACAGCUGGGGGCUGAGCUGAGGCCAGCCAGGGCCGAGGAUCUGGUGACUCCUGAAACAGGCAUUCGGUCAUGACAUUUUAUCCUCAGGCCAGCUCCACACUGCCAGGCUCUGGAAUCUAACACCAGCCCACCCCGGGAAACCCCUCCUGAGACUGGGCUGCCUGGCCAACCCCGGGCUCCCAGCUGAGCCGGCAGGUGUGUGCAGGAUGCAGAACUUUCUCGUCCUCAGGUUUAGCUCUCAUACAACUGGGAAAGCAGGGAAGACCGGGUGCUCUGUGAACUCACAAACCUUCCCUGAGGAUCACUAGCCACCCUUCCACCACCUGGCUAAGCACUUUACUUACAUUUAGUCAUUUCGUAUGUAUUAUUAUACCCAUUUCAGAGAUGGAAAAACUGAGGCUCAUAAAGGUAACUAGUGGAGCAACUGUCAGUGACAGAGCCAGGAUUUAAACCUGUUUCUGUCCAACUCUAAGUCCUUUCCACCCGACCACACUGUCUUCCAUGUGCUUGGCUCUGGGUUAGACACCCGGCAGGGGCAGGGGCACAAAGGGCCAGCAGUUAGAUGUGGCCCUGCCCUUCAGGGGUUUGUAACCAUCUACUUAAUGGUUUUCCAAAGGUGGUCAGGGCUAUUGUGGUUGGCUUCAGACCUCAGGGUUCAGGGCCGGGUUCCUGUGGUGGCAUCCUCGUCAGUGACGCUCCUGCUGUGAUUCUGGCUAGAAGGAGCAAGUUCUUAAAACAUUUGGUAAAAAACAAUGGAGGUAUCACCUAAACGGGUGCAUCCAAAACAGCCCUUACUUCCUAUUAAUUUUGUCACUGUAAUGGCUUUUACGGGCUUCUUGGAAUAAGUGGUACUUCACAUUAAAUGUAUAUGUAUAGAUUUACAAGGCUUUUUAUAGUCAUGUUUGUAUUCAUUCAACUGUUUGAGCACCUACUGUUUGCCAGGCCCACUGGAGAGACAGGUGAAAAUAAGACAGCUACAGCGACUGAGGAGUUUGAAGCGUUUCCAUAUGCCCCUGAAAUGAAAACCGUAAUAAGGGAGGCCCAGAGAGCCUGAGUGUCUUGCCCAAAGUCACACAGUCAGUGAGUGACAGAUCUGGGACUUGAUUCCAGGCCUCCAUGCUCUUUCAAAUGCUGUGGCAGUCUCCCUGGGAGGUGAGGGAAUGGGAGGAGAAGGAUCUUUCACUACCCAACCAAGCCAGCAGUGGAGGUCUUCUCAAGCAGCAGCUCCCAGCCUCUUCAGCAAGGACCCCCACCAGUUCUCAAGCAGCAGCUCCCAGCCUCUUCAGCAAGGACCCUCACCAGUCCCAGGGAAUUCACAGGAAAUGCCCAACCACAUUCAUGCAUUCAUGGGUUCAUAUAUUCUCCUUGAGACCACCCUUUUUCCCAAUCUAGCUUGGCCUGGGGAGCCUCUGCUAUGGAGAAGCUGAUGUCAGAGCCCCAUGAGACAGAAGGUCAAGGGGAACACAGGCCGAGGACAGCCAGAAGCGUCUGCAAGUUGAGCAAGUUGUGGCCUCUCCCAGGACCAUGGGGCUCCAGGGGCUUACAGCCUGGGUGGGAGGUUCCUUCUCUGGCAGGGGUGGGGCGUGGAUUGGCUCCAGGCUCUGGGUGGCAGGGAGAGAAACCAUGGCACGCUCUCUUCUUCCAGGGAGCUGUCAGGAACAUGUGCCCCGAGGAUGGAGUCUCCCAGCCUGACCCCUGCUGAAGCUACAAACACUCGACUGUCCUCUAGCUGGUUCUGAGGACAUGGGGACCACAGUCAAUGGAGACAUGUUUCAGGAGGCCAACGGACCUGUGGACAGCUAUGCUGCAAUUGCCCAGGCUGACAGGCUGACGCAGGAACCCGAGAGCAUACGCAAAUGGAGAGAGGAGCAGAAGAAACGGCUGCAGGAGUUGGAUGCUGCCUCUAAGGUGAUGGAACAGGAGUGGCGGGAGAAGGCUAAAAAGGACCUAGAGGAGUGGAACCAACGCCAGAGCGAGCAAGUGGAGAAGAACAAGAUCAACAACCGGGCGUCUGAGGAGGCUUUCGUGAAGGAAUCCAAGGAGGAGACCCCAGGCACCGAGUGGGAGAAGGUGGCCCAGCUGUGCGACUUCAACCCCAAGAGCAGCAAGCAGUGCAAAGAUGUGUCCCGCCUGCGCUCGGUGCUCAUGUCCCUGAAGCAGACGCCGCUGUCUCGCUAGGUGCCUGCCUGCAGCAGCAAAGCAUGGGUGGGGCAGGGCAGAAGAAGGGCAGCUGCUUCAGGCAAGGAGGGGAACACUGCCUCCAGCAGCUGCUACACACAGUCUAUUCCGUUCCUCCUCAUCUCCCAGGGCUGGGAAGGGGACCCCUCACCCCUCACCCUUAUCCCUUCCUGGCACUAUGGCCCAGCCCCUCACAACUCCUGUCAGUCCAUUUAGUUUUGACUGUCCCUCCUGAUGUAUUUUUUUCUUGGCUUAAAGGGUGUGUUGUUAACUCUUUUUA